UUCCGCCAAACAACAAACAUGGCGGUGUCUGGCUCGUCAUGUUUGUUAUCCGCCCCAAACGAAGCCGUUAAGAUGGACUUAGAGUCCGGCGACAGCGGAGCCGUUGGCUCGGACGACUUACCUGUGAAACGGGACCCGGUGGUCUCGCUGUUGUCUCCGGUAAUCGGCUCGCAGCCGCUCGUGUGGUCGCAGGACCACCGGAUGUCGGUGUGCACGUGCGGCGCCCUGGUGCUCCUGGAACUCAUGUGUGACGUCACCAGCAGCCAGCAGGAGCUCAUCCUGCACAGGACUUCUAUUCUCACGCACGCUGCUGCUCGCCAGAUUCGGGUGGGGCCAGAAAAAAAGCAGGAUAAGGCCAUCCAGCACUUCAUCUCACACCCAGACCCCAGUUUAAGGCAAGUUUUUCAUCUGGACAGAGUGAUAGAUCCCUUGGGAGUGGCACCCAAAGGAGUUAAAUACGCCAGCUGGUCUCCAUUGGGCUGUGACUCCAGUGGACGCUGCUUGCUCGCCUGCCUAACUCUGGACCACAGACUCGCCAUCCAUCACAGCCGCAAGCCUUUCACAUGGACCUCGCUAGUGGACCUCACCCAGACCUACGGCGACAUGCUGGAGGAGCGAGGCUACGCCAAAAAGGACGACAAGCAGCCUCAGAAAAACCUGCAGAACUUUGAGGAGCUGCAGCGCCGUUUCCAGAUGCAGACCCCUGUGAGGAUGAAGUGGUCGGGCAUUUACAAGACGAAACAGGUGCAGACUGACAACACCUGCACGGACGUGGAGAUGGUCCUCCUCGCCGUUUUGAUGGAAAACGGUGACCUCGUUUUGUGGAAGUUUGCGUUGCCGUUCGAGAACGGGGCCGAUGUUGUGUUUUUCGACGUCAUCGAGUCCGGGGUGAGCAGACCCAGCGAUCUGGCGUGGUGGGAGUACGAAAACGCCGACAGACGGAUGAGCGGGUUGAUCGUCGGCAGCGAGCUGGGCAGCGUUAAGAUCAUGCCAGUCAGCAUGGCGGGGGUUAAGGGCUACUUCACCCUGCGUCACCCUGUCAUCCUCUGGAAGGAGUCUGACCACAUCCCUGCUGAAAGCAUCACAUGCGUGCCUUUGGUCCACCCCGUUCAGAAAUUGAGCUGCAGCCUCAUCGUGGCCGCUCGCGGCUGCUACAUCUACUGGUGUUUGCUCAUGGUUUCCCCUAGUGGACUAAACGUGUACAACUCUCACGUGUUGGGCCUCCACUCGCUUCCCGUCGCCUCGCUUGCCGUCACCAAGCAGGGGGUGGUGUACGCAUGCUACUUGGACGGCUGGGUGAAAAAGCUGACGCCUAAAUUUACAGAAAAGACUCUGUUUUUCGACCGAGAGGACAUGCUGGGCCCCGAGUUUCUAGGUGAGAGGCGGCUGCACGGUAUCGCGGUGAGCAGCAACGGAGCCUACGUCGCACUGGCCAGCACUCAAGGAAUGGUGGACAUGUUUCAUCCCAUUGAUAGGAAUUACCAGGUGCACUUCAUUGCCUUGAAAUCGCCGGAAACGGCGGCGGGACUUCUGUUAAAAUCCCCCACGCAGAACCUGUACCAGCAGGCCGACCUGCUAGAUAUCAUCAGGUGGGCCAUCCUAAAAGACAAAAGAAUUCCAGAGGCGUUGCAGCAAGAGCUCGAACAGAAGAUCCAGGACGUAGACUCUCCCUAUUUGUGGCGCUUGAAGCUGUUUUUGGCUCGCGUGAUGUACCAGUCGCUCCAGACGCCGCUGACGGAUCACCACUGGAAACCGUCCGACGAGGCCGGCAAGGCGCCCGUGCUCGACGAGGAGGAAGAGGACGGAGACGAGGAGGAAGAUUUGGAAAACGAGUGCGAGCAGGCCGCUGCCGUCAAAGCGGCGACGCUGGAGAAUCCAGAGGAGCGGAUGGAGCGGGCGAAGGCAUUGAUAGAUUCAGUGGAGACCCACCUGGUCAACAAGAACAUGAAGAAACUGCUCGGUGUGGUUUACCUUAACACGCGGAUCACAGAGAACACAUGCGUCCCCACGUUGGGCCUGGCCGACCACCUCUCAAAAGAUACCAGCGACAAGGACGUGGAGGUCCUGAUCGGACACAUCAAGAAAAAGAUGCAGAAGCAGACGUUCCAGGAGCACUGCUGCUUGUGUCAGGACGUGCUGCCUUUCACCGACCACAAACAAGCCAUAUGCGGAAAUGGCCACAUUUGGUUCAGGUGCGUGUUGUCUUACCAGGCGUGCCAGGCGCUGAAAUUCCGGCGCUGCCUCUUGCAGGACAGCAUCUCAGCACUCCCAGCACCUGACGAUCCACAGUGGGUCAAGAAGAUACUCCAGGCUCCAUGUUCCCUCUGCGACUCGCCAAUGGUUUAGCGCUAAAGCACCGCAGGAAGUAUGCUUGCACUCUCCACAUGGUCCAAUCACUGCUAAUAGGUCACAAAAAUUAUUAUUAUGUCUGCAAAUGAAAGUAUUGUUUCCCCACAACUGCAAACACCAGCUGAGGUUUUAAUUGCAUAUUUUCAUGAGGCAAAACCGCUAGUGCGCCCGUGUCAAACUCAAGGCCCAAGGGCCUGUUGUGGUCUUUCAAAGUGCUUUGUUUAAGUACUUUCUGGCUAAAUGUAUUAGUUUUUUAAAUUUUGACAGGAAAAAAAAUACUGCAAUUAUAUUAGACCUCAUGGUUCGAUUCUGAUUCCAGGAUGGCGAUUCCAUUCAACACGUUUCUUGUCAUACAUUAUUUGGUAUAUACAUUUUACUCAGACCUUUUCAAAACAAAAGUUCCUCUUGGCUGCGAACAUAUGAUUUAUACGCUCAGUAAAGGCCUAAAAACGUCUUUUUGAAAAUAUUUUUUUUUAUUUUUUAAUUUACAAAAAUGACAUAAUGUUAAUCUAAUUCAAGAAAAUGGGGCAAGCCAAACUCCAACCCAAUCCGAGCUUUAGAAUACAGAGGGUAGACAUUUACAAAGCUAUUGAAAAAGCAUAAAAAUAUCUAAAAAAAGGGAAAAACUAAAAUUUGCAAAGCUUCUUUUUCUGACAAAUUUCUUGUCAUAUAUUAUUUGGUAUAUACAUUUUACUCAAAGCUUUUCAAUACAAACGUUCCUCUUGGCUGCUAACAUAUGAUUUAUACGCUCAGUUUUGGCAUAAAAACGUCUUUUUAAAAAAUUUUUUUUUAAUUUUUUUAUUUACAAAAAUGACAGAAUGUUAAUCUAAUUCAAGAAAAUGGGGCAAGCCAAACUCCAACCCAAUCCGAGCUUUAAAAUACAGAGGGUAGACAUUUACAAAGCUAUUGAAAAAGCAUAAAAAUAUUCUACUAAAAAAAAGAAAAAACAAAAAUUGGCAAAACAUCUUCGUCAUAUAUUAUUUGGUAUAUACAUUUUACUCAAAGCUUUUCAAUACAAAAGUUCCUCUUGGCUGCUGACAUAUGAUUUCUACGCACAGAGUUGAACUAAAAAGGUCUUUUUAAAAAUGUGUGUUUUAUUUUUUUUAUUUACAAAAAUCACAGAAUGUUAAUCUAAUUAAAGGAAAUGGAGGAACCGAACUCCAACCCAAUGCGAGCUUUGAAACACUGAGGGUAGACAUUUACAAAGCUAUUGAGAAAGCAUGAAAAUAUCAUACUAAAAAAAGGAAAUACAAAAAUGAGCAAAACCACAGUAUUAAUAAUAACAAUGAUAGCAAUAGUAAUGAUUUUAUGUUUUUAAUCCAAAAAAGGAUUCUUUAAAAAAAGAAUAUUAAAAAAAAUCAAUGGAUUCUAGAAAAUGUUUUAAUCAAUUUAGAAGCAGACUAAAUAAAUGAUAGCAAUAAUAAUGAUUUUAUGUUUUUAAUCCAAAAAAGGAUUCUUUAAAAAAAGAAUAUAAAAAAAAAAAUCAAUGGAUUCUAGAAAAUUAAAAAAAAUUUAGAAGCAGACUAAAUAAAACUUGCGAUUUAAAUGGGAAUCUAGUUUUUGGAGCACCCGACAUUUUGUUAACUUAGUUAUUAUCUGUCUUGCAAUAAAACACUCCAACCAUUUUUUUUUAUUUGGGUUAUGAAAAAUAAAUACAUAAAUAUCUUCCUGUCACCUUGACUUACACUUUUAAAGCAAGUUAUCCAUCAAACUGUUGGUAAACGAUAAUAAACACAAUUGCCUAUGCCAGUGUUUUUCAACCUUUUUUUGAGCCGAGGCACAAAAAAUGCGGAGGCACACCAUCAGCACAAAUCAUUAAAGAACGAAACUCACUUGACAGAAAAAGUCGUUGUUGGAUUGACUUUAAAGCAUAACCGAGCACGCAUCACUAUAGCUCUUGUCUCAAAGUAGGUGUACUGUCACAUCACACCAUGACGUAUUGGGACUUUUUUUGCUGUGUCCCUGUGUGUAGUGUUUUACUUCUUGUCUUGCGCUCCUAUUUUGUUGGCAUUUUCUCUCUUUUUUUUGGUAUUUUCCUGUAGCAGUUCCAUGUCUUCCUUUGAGCAAUAUUUGCCGCAUCUACGUUGUUUAGCAAUUAAGGAUAUUUCAGUUUUUUUAACCCUUCUUUGUGGGGACAUUCUUAAUUGUCAUGUCAUGUUCAGAUGUACAUUGUGGACGCCGUCUUUGCUCCACAGUAAGUCUUUGCUGUCGUCCAGCAUUCUGUUUUUGUUUACUUUGUAGCCAGAUCAGUUUUAGUUUUGUUCUGCAUAGCCUUCCCUAAGCUUCAAUGCCUUUUUUUAGGGGCGCUCACCUUUUCUUUAUUUUUGGUUUAAGCAUUAGACCUGGACUCUGCCUCCCGCUGUUUCCGACAUCUACAAAGCAAUUAGCUACCGGCUGCCACCUACUGAUACGGAAGAGUAUUACACGGUUACUCUGCCGAGCUCUAGACAGUACUGACACUCAACAACAACAUUGGCAGAUUAUAAUUACUGGUUUGCAAAAAACCCUAAUAGGUGAAAUUAGAUAAUCUCCCACGGCACACCAGACUGUAUCUCACGCGGCACAGUGGUUGAAAAACACUGGCCUGUGCAAACGAGGCUAUUGUUCAUUUAUAUUUAUAAACAUUUACCAUUUCAAGUGGCCCUCCUGAGGGCAGCCAUAACUAGAAUGCGGCCUUCACUAAAAACAAGUUUGACACCCGUGCACUAGUGGUACGCCGAAGAUUUGAAUAUGUUUUAAGUACAGUGUUUUAUGUUCCUAUGUUACUACCGUAUUUUUCGGAGUAUAAGUCGCACCUGCCGAAAAUGCAUAAUAAAGAAGGAAAAAAACAUAUAAGUCGCACUGGAGUAUAAGCAGAGGUGGGUAGAGUAGCCAGAAAUUGUACUCAAGUAAGAGUACUGUUACUUUAGAGAUGUAUUACUCAAGUAAAAGUAAGGAGUAGUCACCCAAAUAUUUACUUGAGUAAAAGUAAAAAGUAUGUUGUGAAAAAACUACUCAAGUACUGAGUAACUGAUGAAUAACCUGUUUGUUUAAUGAUGACGGCAACAAGUAAUGCACAAAAACAUAAAAAUAGCAAUAAACAAAUUCACAGCCAGGAAUAUCUCUUAAGCAACUAAAACAAUAAUAUAUAUUAAAUAAUAUAUAUUAGGUUUUACACUGUAUUGAAAAAAAAUGUGAAAAUGAAUUUUACCUUUGCAACCUCAUUAUACUAUUGGCUAAGUUUUAUAUUCAUUUUUGUGUCUUUAAAAAAGAUUUAGAACUCUACAUUAAAACACUCUACCUCUAACAAACAAAAAGCUGUGAAAACGAUGAUGCUGUGUUCCAAAUUUAAGUUAUUUACGGAGAUUGAGUGAGCCUAUGGCUUUCCAUUUUGUUUAUUUUAUAUAUAUAUAUUUUUUUGCAUUCUAUUUAAGGUACUUUGAAUUUACAACCCCCUGGCGCUGUUUUGUACUGUUUUCGUACUUUGAUUAUUAUUUUCAACUGUUUGUAAAUGUUAUACAUUUAUAAAUAAAGGUUUAUUUAAAAAAAAAAAAGUGUGUAGUUAAUCAUGUGACCGCCUGGCUCU